AUGGACACCUGUACCUGUGUUUCUUUAUAUAGGGCUAUGAAAUUAUUCGAGUUAUUUAAAGAAAGACUACAUGCGGCAAUGCUUAAGAUAUACUUUAUUUUGUACUGUAUGUUACCAGUGAUCUUAGGGGUACCACUUAUAGAGAUACAGUAUGAAUUGAACGAAAUCUCUGAUGUCACAUUUAGUCAUGAAACUCCAACUCCUGAACAACUGGCAAAACAAGCAGGAUAUACAGCAGAAACUCAUGAAGUUAUUACCGAGGACCGGUAUGUUCUGCAAGUGCAUAGAAUUAAGGGAUCGGGAAAGAGCCCACCGUCCAAGAAUAAGCCAGUUGUAUUACUUUUCCAUGGAAUUCUUGACUGUUCAGCUACAUGGCUCCUGUCAGGUCCUGAAAAGGGUUUAGGUUUCAUAUUAGCAGAUUGGGGGUACGAUGUAUGGAUGGCUAAUGCGCGCGGCAAUAGGUAUUCACGAAGACAUUUGGACUGGACUGUCUCAGAUCGAGAAUUUUGGUUGUUCAGUUGGCAUGAAAUCGGGGUGUACGAUUAUCCAGCAACGAUUGAUUACAUUCUCAAUACAACCUGGCAAAAGAAGCUAAUUAUCAUAUCACAUAGCCAGGGUGGAACGGCGUUCUUUGUAAUGGGUAGUGAACGACCAGAGUAUCAGAAGAAAAUUGCGGCUGUCUUUGCUAUGGCCCCAGCAGUCUUCAUGUCUAGAUCAGAAAAUCUCCUUUAUCAGGUGUUAGCUCCUUUUGCUAACGAUAUAAAGGUUCUAACAAGUUUGAUAGGUAUGUAUGAAUUUAAACCGUCAGAUAAACUUAUACAGAUGCUUACAAAAGUGAUGUGUUCCGAUGACGCAAUUACACAACCCGUGUGCACAAACAUUAUAUUCGUAUUUGGUGGCUUUGGUGAUAAAGAACUUAAUAGGACACUAGUGCCUAUUAUUGGGCAAUAUGAUCCUGCUGGUGCAUCUACCAGGCAAUUCGUGCACUAUGGACAAUCAAUCACUACAGGCAAGUUCCGGAAAUUCGAUUAUGGUCUCAUUGGUAACAAAAUGAAGUAUGGUAAGAUUCAACCUCCGAAUUAUAAUCUUGCCAAUAUCAAGAUACCAAUAUAUUUGUAUUACGGUUUGAACGAUGUAUUAGUUAAUGUUGAGGAUUUGCAUCAAUUGUAUGAUCUAUUACCUACUGCUCAGAAAUUUUUAGUGCCAUAUAAAUGUUUCACACAUCUUGACUUCCUAUGGAGCAAGCAUGUAAAUGUUUGGGUAUAUGACAAAAUCCUUAGUCUUAUGGAACGUCACAAAAAUGAAACAUUAAUUGUUUAA